AGACCUGAGAUUCAACAAAAUCAAGGAUUUACAACCAGGCUCCUUCAGGCGAUUAACGAACCUCAACACACUCUUGUUCUGUUGAGUUCUGUAAUGGCUCCUCAAGGGAGUCGACCCCUGCUCUGUGUCAAGGAUUUGUCCGUCAACAGGACAAAACAAAACUCUUGUCUCCAACUACCAAGAUAAGUUCCUCAUGUGGAACACUGGUUGUGUCUCUCCCCUAAAUAUUGUUACUUUCCUUGACUUUUCUGUAUCUGUUAUUUAAGUGUUUCACUUUUCUUUGGUAGUGAUAUGUCUUCAUAGAUGCUGUGAUUGUGUAAGAACUGAAACACAACAUGUUGUCCAAGAGUAAUGAACCUGACAAGUUCAUUUGACAUUGCUAAAAACUGAAUAGGAAAUGAAACAAUUGUGACACUAAGAUAAUCCACGGCCAUUGUGCAUUUUACCCCAUUUAUGACUUUAAUUGCAUCUGUUAAUUAAUCCUAAUAUGGUUGAACAGAGAGUGAUGAGGUUGGAGAAUGAUGUGAUGAGGGAGUUUGCAAAUUAGAACAAAUUUAAUUUUUGCUGAGUUUUCUUGGUGCUACAAUUACCUUUCAUCAUUGAUGAGGGUUCUAGAUUUUCAAUUCUCUGUCCUCUACUAUGCAUGCAGGACACUUUUAGGUUGUUUGCAGUUCACACAGGCAAUUGCAUAUAAGUGUCAUACAUCUGGAAAAAUGAACAACCACAAAAAAAAAAUACAAAAACAAAAAAAAAACAGAUUUCAUAAAAAAUUGUAAUUGAGCAGUGUCAGCGUUAUCUAUGUAACGACAGAAAUGGUGAUGCAAUUUCAGAACGUUCUGAAAUGUACUAUGCACAAGGAAAAAAAUAAUAAAUUCCUGUUAUUAAAUUAAAUGAGCUUAUUUUCUGGAUUUACUUGAAGUCCAGAAUAGGUUCUUUUGGAACAUUUUGAAUUCUUUGAUGGUUUAUCUUUACAUUCAACAAGAGCAACUUCUGACAGCAACUAACUUUCACUCCCUGUUCUUCUUUCACAGCCUACUCAACAACAAUCAUAUACGAAGGAUUCCCAGGGGAGCGUUUGAAGACCUAGAAAACCUAAAGUAUCUCUAUUUGUACAAGAAUGAAAUCCAAUCAAUUGACAGACAAGCAUUUAAGGGCCUUGUCUCUCUUGAGCAACUCUACCUGCACUUCAACAGCAUUGAUUCUUUGGAACCGGAAUCCUUCAGCCAUCUGCCGAAGUUGGAACGACUGUUUUUGCACAAUAACAGAAUAACACAGCUCAUCCCAGGAACCUUUGCUCAUCUUCAGUCCAUGAAACGAUUGCGGCUGGACUCUAACGCUUUAAGCUGUGACUGUGAGCUGCUGUGGCUGGCCGACCUGCUGAAGCAGUACGCCGAGUCAGGAAACGCCCAGGCUGCUGCCACCUGCGAGCAUCCCAGUCGACUACAGGGCCGAUCAGUGGCCACCCUCACUGCUGAGGAGCUCAAUUGCGAGGUACCAAGGAUCACCUCAGAGCCCCGGGAUGUCGAUGUCACAUCAGGAAACACUGUUUACUUCACCUGUAGGGCUGAGGGAAACCCCAAACCUCAGAUUAUCUGGCUCAGGAACAACAAUGCUUUAAAUAUGCGAGAUGACAAUCGUCUGAACCUCCUGGAAGAUGGGACAUUGAUGAUUCAAGACACCAGAGAGACUGACCAGGGAGUUUACCAGUGCAUGGCCAAGAAUGUAGCUGGGGAAGUCAAGACUUCAGAGGUCACUCUUAGAUACUUUGGAGCCCCCUCCCGGCCAAGUUUCGUCAUUCAACCCCAGAACACGGAGGUGCUGAUGGGUGAGAGCGUGACCCUGGAAUGCAGCGCCACUGGUCAGCCACAGCCAAGAGUCACAUGGACGAAGGGUGACCGCACGCCGUUGCCCAGUGAUACUCGCAUCAACAUCACUCCAUCUGGGGGGCUUUACAUCCAGAAUGUUGUCCGAGAGGAUGGAGGUCUAUACACAUGCUUCGCCUCCAAUAAUGUGGAUACCAUACAUGCUACAGCACGCAUCAUUGUCCAAGCGACUCCCCAGUUUACCGUCACACCACAGGACCAGUCAGUUUUGGAGGGUAACACAGUGGAUAUUCCCUGCGAGGCGAGCGGUUACCCAGAGCCGGUCAUUGUCUGGACUCGAGGCGGAAAUGUACUUCCUUCUGACCGACGACAUACGAUUCUGCCUGCUGGUACCUUCCGUAUAACUCGUGUUGCGACCCACGACGAGGGCCAGUAUGAGUGUGAGGCAGUGAGUCCUGUGGGGACAGUGCGCGCAACUAUGCAGCUCAGCAUUGAGCAAAGAGCAGCCCCCCAGUUCACGGUAACGCCACAGGACCAGUCAGUCUUGGAGGGUAAUACGGUGGAUUUCCCCUGUGAGGCAAGCGGUUAUCCAACGCCACUGAUCAUAUGGACUCGAGGUGGAAGUCCUCUUCCCUCAGACCGCCGCCAUGUCAUCCUGGCUUCCGGUACGCUCCGCAUCACUCGGGUUGCUGCACACGAUGAGGGCCAGUAUGAAUGUGAGGCGGUGAGCACGGUGGGAACGGUCCGCACCGCUGUGCAGCUUAGCAUCGAGCAAAGAGUAACGCCUGUUUUCACAAAUGCUCCAAGGGACCUGACUGUGGAGUCUGGUCAGGAUGUGCAGAUUCCCUGCAGUGCUCAGGGCCAGCCGCGCCCGGUCCUCACCUGGAACAAGGAUGGUGUUCAGAUAACAGAGAGCGGCAAGUUCCACAUCAGUGAAGAAGGUUACCUGGAGGUGAAAGAUGUUGGCACAGCAGAUGCUGGACGCUACGAAUGUGUUGCCCGGAACCCCAUUGGAUACCAGGCUGCUCGAAUGGUGCUUACAGUCACAGUGCCUGCUAUCAGCCGAGAGGGAGACACAUUUGUGAGCACAUCCAUAGAGCAGGCCAUCCGUACUGUGGACAGUGCAAUUGAAUCCACAAGGAGACGUCUGUUUGACGGUCAGCCUCGUACUCCAGGAGAGCUGCUUGCCCUUUUCCGAUAUCCUCGUGAUCCCUACACGGUGGAGCAGGCCCGUGCUGGGGAGAUCUUUGAGCAGACUCUUCUGCUCAUCCAAAACCACGUCAACCAGGGUCUCAUGGUGGACACCAACGGUACCGCAUUUCGCUACAACGAUCUGGUAUCGCCCCGGUUUCUGGAAAUGAUUGCAAAUCUCUCUGGCUGCACAGCCCAUCGCCGCAACAAUAACUGCUCAGACAUUUGCUUCCAUCAGAAGUACCGCAGCCAUGAUGGGACGUGCAACAACCUGCAACACCCCAUGUGGGGCGCCUCGCUCACUGCGUUUGAACGUCUCCUGAAGCCAGUUUAUGACAAUGGCUUCAACCUGCCCAGAGGAACCACAGACAGGGUUCAUAAUGGUUAUCGACUGCCCCUGCCUAGGCUGGUGUCCACCGCAAUGAUUGGAACAGAGACCAUCACUCCUGAUAAUCGCUACACUCACAUGCUGAUGCAGUGGGGUCAGUUCCUGGACCACGACUUGGACUCCACAGUAGUGGCCCUGAGUCAGGCUCGGUUUUCUGAUGGCCAGCUGUGUGCUCAGGUCUGCACGAAUGACCCGCCAUGCUUUCCAAUCCAGUUCCCACCCAAUGACCAGCGGCAGCUGCGAAGCGGUGCUCGCUGCAUGUUCUUUGUCCGUUCCAGCCCAGUGUGCGGUAGCGGGAUGACGUCUCUGCUCAUGAAUAGUGUUUAUCCCAGAGAACAGAUCAACCAGAUCACCUCCUACAUUGACGCCUCCAAUGUCUAUGGCAGCUCACGACAUGAAUCAGAGCAGAUUCGCGACAUGGCCAGCCACAGGGGGCUUCUUCGUCAAGGCAUCAUACAACGAACAGGGAAGGCGCUUCUUCCAUUUGCCACAGGACCGCCGACUGAGUGCAUGAGGGAUGAGAACGAGAGUCCAAUCCCUUGCUUCUUGGCCGGAGAUCACCGUGCCAAUGAACAACUUGCCUUGACUUCUAUGCACACUGUGUGGUUCAGGGAGCACAACCGCAUCGCUACAGAACUGCUGAGACUGAAUCCCCACUGGGACGGCGACACCAUCUACCACGAGACCAGAAAAAUAGUGGGGGCCCAGAUGCAACACAUCACCUACAAUCAUUGGUUACCAAAGAUACUCGGUGAAGCAGGCAUGAGGAUUUUAGGGCCAUACACCGGUUAUGACCCCAAUGUUAACGCUGGCAUCUUCAAUUCGUUCGCCACAGCAGCUUUCCGCUUUGGACAUACCCUCAUCAACCCAAUACUCUACAGGUUAAAUGAGCACUUUGAACCCAUCACCCAGGGUCACAUCUCACUGCACCGGGCCUUCUUCUCUCCUUUCCGCAUCGUAAAUGAGGGAGGCAUCGACCCGCUCCUUCGUGGACUGUUUGGUGUUGCUGGCAAAAUGCGCGUUUCCACCCAACUGCUGAACACUGAGCUGACUGAGAAGUUAUUUUCCAUGGCCCAUGCUGUGGCACUGGAUCUGGCUGCCAUGAAUGUUCAGAGAGGAAGGGAUCAUGGUAUACCACCAUACAAUGACUACAGGACCUUUUGCAACCUGACCUCAGCUCAGACUUUUGAUGACCUGAAGAAUGAAAUCAAAAACCCUGAUGUCAGAGAAAAACUACGAAGGCUAUACGGUACACCUCUGAACAUUGACUUGUUCCCAGCCCUGAUGGCUGAAGAUCUGGUCCCUGGCAGUAGACUGGGCCCCACCCUCAUGUGUCUGCUCGCAACGCAAUUCAAGCAUGUCCGAGAUGGAGACCGGUUUUGGUAUGAAAACCCAGGUGUGUUCACUCCUGCACAGCUAACACAGCUUAAGCAAGCGUCCUUAGCUCGAGUUGUGUGUGACAAUGGAGACAACAUCACCCGGGUCCAGCGGGACGUGUUCGCAGUGGCCGACCUGCCCCACGGAUACGGAAGCUGUGAUGAUGUUCCUCAGAUCGACUUGCGAAUGUGGCAGGAUUGCUGUGAAGACUGCAGAACCAAGGGUCAGUUCAAUGCCUUGUCAUACCACUUCAGGGGACGAAGAUCAGCAGAGCACAGCUACAAGGAGGAGAAACAUGACAGCAGUAUUCAGGACACAAGCCCUCUGGAAGAAGCUCAAAACAGUCUAUCAAAUGCCACUUUGAACUCCAAGUUGAAUAGUGAACCUUCAGUUGGUGACUUCCAGGAGUUUGUCUCAGACAUGCAGAAGACCAUCACAAGCUUAAGGAAACAGAUUAAGAAACUGGAAGCUCGUCUACACAAGUCCACCUGCAUAGACGGCGAGGGGCGUGAGCGGACAGAUGGAGAGCGCUGGCGAAAGGACUUGUGCUCGACGUGUGAAUGCAGAGAUGCCCAGGUGACCUGCUUCGUCGAGUCGUGUCCAGCUGCGGAGUGCAAACAGCCCAUCAAGCUAAAAGGUGCCUGCUGCCCUGUGUGCCUCCAGGAGGAAGAUGACGACAAGAGGCAAAAAGCUGACACCUACCACAAGUAACUUUCAGGACCCUCCCCGACAACCUCACACCCUGACAAUCCAGUGUCUGAAACCCACAGAAAGUCAGACAAAUCAAGAGAGGACAUGGGACUGACUCAUAGCCACGGUUGAUCUCGACAAACCCCACAGCCUCUCAGUUUUUUUAAAUCAGGGGAGCAAUUUUUUAUUUUUUUUUCUUGUUUUCAAAUUUGUCCGGCGUUCAGUUUGAAAUUGUUCAGCAAUAAGUCAACAGGCACUCCAUGGAUUUACUUCUGCAGCAAUGAAUAGAUAAAUGGAUUAUAUAAAGAGGAUGGAGAAAAGCUAUUCUCUGGCACUGAGGUGCUGUUUGCUCUCAAUGGGAAAAUGCAGGACCAGCUGCCAUUGACAAGCAGGAAUAAGAAGUGGAUGGAAAGGCAGCAGUGUUCUCAAAAAAUUUUCUCAGGUUAGAGAUACCGAAAAACUGGUGCUAUUUCCUUGUUUUUACUCCAAGAUAAUCUCUAAAUACGAACCUUAAAGUAUUAUCGUUUGUAUACAAAGCCACCUAUAUACACGCAAUACUGUAUGUCUUUUAUUGAUACAUCAGACUUGAGUGGAUAUUUUAUUCAAGGACUUUUAUUGAAUAAUUGUCUUUUUAUUUUCUGGUGCUUCAUAUUGUUGCUUUUUACCCUUUUUUUCUAUGUAAAUGCUUACAUGUGAAAAUAAUGUGAAGCCCUGCAAAAAUUUUUGUAACGCAAAAGAAACAUGUCUACUGAUACCUGCUCUUCUGUCCGUGGGAUAGCUUUUUCAUCUCUCUUGGGCCUCAGGUGAGGUGGUGCAGGGAGGCACUUCUCUGUGGAGGAAACCCGACUCAACUCCUGCAGCACUGUCCUCUUCACGUCUACGGGUCUGUCUCAAUCAUUUAGAUUAGCAUCAAAAAGUACAUUUAUAUCAGUAGGGACAUCAGAAGCAUUUAUCUCUGUUCAUGUUUAUGAUCACAGGGUAGUAAAAACCCAAAAUGCUGUUCCUUGGAAAAAUAGAAUCUUACCUGAUUUUGAUGUUCAGUGUAUGCAUUCAGUACAUGGCUGGGACUCAUGUUGCAUGAAUUUUCGUGCAACGUGGUGUGGUAUGGAGGAGAUCAAAUUGUGGUUCUACCGAGGAGUUUAGGAAGCCCAAGUUGCUUUCAGAGUGACCUUCAAAUUGUUUGCGUUUUGAGAUCUGGUGUCUCAUCUUCCUGCUUGAGAAUGUCAUGGAUCUCUUUGGGAUUUAAAUCAGAAUUGUCAGCAGGCUAAUCAAUGACAUUGAUACUGUAUCAAGGUCAUUGAGCUUUUGACUUUGUUACUGGUUCUGCAGUGGCUUUGAACAAGGAAUACGUUACCUUAAGUCCAUGCAUCUUUUCCUAUCAUAUUUUUUUCUUCCACCCAAUGUUCAAAUAAUAUUCUUGGACACAGCCCUGUAUGAAAAGCCAGCUUGUUUAGCAACAACCUUUUGUUGCUAAUCAUCUUUGUGAGUACUUACACCUGUCAGGUCAACCAUCUUCACAAUGUGAAGCCAGGGUUUUUCAAAGAGUGAUAAAGUUUUAAUACUUUUCAUUGCAACUUUUGAUUUCACUGAAAAUAAACUGCACAAAAUACUGAAACACAGUUUUACAUUCACCAAUCUCUACUUCUAAGCCUUAGUCAUCAAAAUGAACAAAAACACUCGUAACAUGUUAUCUAAUGUCUAAUGAAUCUACAAGCGUUGCAUUUUGAAUUGAGCCAACAUGCUUCUACAUCUGUAAAGUUGUGAAUUUCCUCCCAAUGUCUUUUCCUCAACUUCUACAGCCAAAAAUAGUAUUGCAGAAUUCCUUACAUUAUGUAAUUAGCAUAUUUGAAACUAUGUAUGGAUGUUGUAAAAGAUCUGGAUGCAGCCUUUGGUACUGCUAAAUUUACCAUGGUAGUAUUCACUUAUGGUGUAUUUUCUUACACAUUCAGUCUUUAUUCAUAACUACAAAGGUCUGUUUCUCUGGUGCGCCAGUUUUACAAGGACAUGCUUGCAUACAUUAUUUAGUCUUCAGCUUCUCCUUUCCUUUAGUUGUUUUUCUCUCGCUCAUUUUUCUCAAAGGACAGUUUUCAGUGUAUGGAAUGCUGACCCCGCUCUUGUUUUCUUGCCAUAUUGAAGAUUUGAGUCUGAACUGACGUCACUUCGUAGAGUGCAGACUCUCUCUCUCCCUCCAUCCCUCUGACCCUCAUUCCACUGUAAUAGAAGCCAUAUGAGAGGGGGAGUGAGGGUGAUGAUGGGGGAGGGACAAUUUCAUGAUUGGACCUUACACAUGUACUGUACAUAUACAAAUACCACUCAUUAUUCAUCAUGCACUGGCUUGCAUUGUCUGAUUGUGUUGUACUUCCAAGUGCCUCUUUUUUUUUUUUUUUUGAAGCAAGCGUCUGUCACUGAGAACAAAUAGUACUCACCAGUAUUUUAAUGGUUUCAGACGAUUUGGUGGCUUCAGUCACACUGGUAUCACAUGCUUGCACAUUUUUGUAUGUUUACAGUUUUUGUUUCUGCAGCAACAGACUAAAUGCAUUUUUUGGCAAGGGGCCAAAGCAGUCAUUCACCAGUCUGCAUUGUAAUAGAUCUGGUUUAUUAGGUCAUUUUUAUUUUUCCCCUUUGAAAAAUUUCCAGGCGUCGAUGGAAUGCACUGCCCCGCAAGACUGGACAUGCUGUACCUACACUGUCCCAGCACCCAGUGGUCAACGAAGACGUACUAGAACCCAUUGUGACAGUUGUAUUGUACUUUUGCCAAAGAAUGGUUUGCACUGCCUUUCAACAGUGAUAAUAAAAAAGCCACAUUUCAAUUACACUGUGGACAUGUCA